CACACACACACACACACGCACAAGGUCUAAUUACUGGACUUUGUGCUGGUGCAGCCUACACGUGAGACGGAAGCUGUUCCCGACCGGAGGCGCGCGUGCGCUCUCACCACAGAGGCGAGCCGACGGCUUUGCAAAGUGGCAGCUCCUGCUCGUGUAGACAUCAGUCUGAGGCGCAGCUCCACCGGAGGACACACUCUGUACGCCGUCUCCUCUCAGUCCGCGUGAGUCGUGGAAUAACACAACUAUUCUCUAACCCCCCAAAACUCCGAAAAAAAACCCAGAUCACCGGCAGCAGAUUUGGAAUGGAUGAAAGAUUACCGCAUUUACAGGACAGACAAUUCAUGGAGCACGCAGAUUUCUUAGGGGUGGAUUACCCCCCGCUCUACAUGUGCAAAUCCAAACGAGGGAUAAAAAGAGAGGAUGGCGGAAAGGACGCGUACAAGUUACCACACCGGUUGAUAGAGAAGAAGAGGAGAGACAGAAUCAACGAAUGUAUCGGCCAGCUGAAGGAUUUAUUACCCGAACAUCUGAAGCUUUCGACGCUUGGACAUUUGGAGAAAGCUGUUGUCCUGGAAUUAACAUUGAAACAUUUAAACGCACUGACUGCUGUCACUGAGCAGCAGCACCAAAAGAUUAUCGCUUUACAAAAUGGAGAUCGGUCGAUGAAAUCUCCCAUCCACGCUGAUCUGGACGCGUUCCACUCCGGGUUCCAGGCUUGUGCCAAGGAGGUCCUGCAGUACCUGAGUCAGUUUGAGAACUGGACGGCGAGAGAGCAGAGGUGCGCGCAGCUGAUCGGCCACCUUCACAAGGUUUUGGCUCAGUUCCAGUCCGGCGCGCCGCCGCUCCAGCACCAGCCGGCCGGCGGGGACGCACAGGACGGCCAGAAGCCUGACAGCCAAGCUAAUUGCGUCCCGGUCAUCCAGAGGACCCAGGCCGGAGAGCUUAACGAGAACGACACAGACACGGACAGUGGAUACGGCGGCGAGGCGGAAAAGAGCGACGGCAAAGAAAAAGAAUGCGAACGCAACAAGGCGCAGGGACCCAAAACCGUCAAGAUAAAGCAAGAGUUCGGAGACGACCGAGCUGCCAAAAAACCAAAGAUGAGCUGGCCCGGGAGCGGGGUCGGGGGCACAGACACAACCCGACCGGACUUGGCGUUUAUGAACUCUCUGAUGGGAAUAAGCGGCGUGGGACAGCAGACGCCACUGUGCAUGCCUUUUUACUUCAUCAACCCGUCAGCUGCCGCGUCCUAUAUGCCUUUCUUCGACAAGAACAACAUUGAAAAGUACAUGUACCCGGCGGCGGCGGCUGCUCUGGCCUCCCCCUUCCCCUGGCUCUACCCUGCGCACGCGUCCGCAGCCGCGGCCGCGGCGGCCGCCGCCGCUUUCCCCGGCCUGUCCGCGCACCUGGGGGCCUCCCCCCUGCCCAAGGACUCCCACUCCAUAGACGACGACGAGGCUGAGGCGGGCUCACCUGAGGACCGCGACGAAAGUCCGGCCAGUGACGACGGCGAGGGUGACGUAGGUGAAACGUCUCGAGAGGGCAACAGCAGUCCACAGGAGCAGCUUUACGCAUGUCAGACCAGCUAAUAAAUCAAUGUACCUCCUCUGUGCAUUGCGCUGCGCAGGUUAUGUGUUUCAAAUUUUUAAAGUUGGGCCUGUCUUAAAACGGGGGUUUCACCGAGGAGUUUGACGUGUACAGUGUCUCGGUGAAAGAGGGGACAGUUGUAACAGCGCGUGCCUUUUGCACUUAUCUGCUCGAUAAAACAAUCUGAAUGACCAUCGACGAUGAUUGACACUUCACGGCUGUGUUGUGCUGCAUUUAGUUUUAUAUCCUCUUUGAUAAAGCAUUUUGACAUGGCAGCAUUGGUGCCAAACCUUUGAGUACCACUACUGUGCGCAAUAUCUCAAUCAAUGAUUCUCUUUCAAUGUGUGAAGUUGCAACUGACCUCUGCCUCUGAUUAACACCCUGGCACACCCUGACUGUAAAUAUUACCUUGAAGCUAGUCUGAUUCAUCAACGUGUAAAUGUGCACUAAACUGAUCCUAUAGAAAAGCUCCUGGAAGUGUAAUGCCCCAUUACCUCAUCUGUAACUUUGCAUGGGGGGAGAGGCCCAUGGGUGGACACACCAGUGUCCCCACUGAUAACCCAAUGGUACCCACUUCCCAACAUGCACAAACUCUCUGUCAUGGACAACAGAAACACAGCCAGCUCUCUCAAUAAACAAAGAUUUGAAAUGAAAAAGGGAGAGCUAAACCGUCUGAAUCCCUUCUGUUAAGUAUUUUUUAAGGUUUGCUUUGCUUAUCGGUUUGUCAGACAGGAAGUGCUGAAAUUAGACUGACUGACUUUACCAAAAUGGUAAGUUCCCUGAAUGAAGGAUUUUUGCACAGAGAUGCGGGGACCUCUGUACCUCCAGGAAACAUUGUAGGAUAGCACCUUAUAGAUCUUUGAUAUUGAAUGUACCUGUAUUUUCCCAGCUGUUAAGGUUUCUAUGUAGGAUGAUCUUUACUCUUUGAGACGUUAAGUGCACUUUUUCUGCUUUUACUCCCCCCAGCAGUCACUUUAUCAUUUUGAAAGUCAAUCACUGUACUUCUCUUUGACCCAUCCCAUUGUGUUGAACUGUCUUAAUAUAAAAUAAGAUUUAUCUAAAACAAAAAAGGACCCUGGCUGCUUUUUUGUGAUUCCAUUCAACAUAGUAGUGAUUUAGCAAUUUCCCCAAUUUCACAAAUGGCUGCUUUCCAGCUCUUUCAUGAGAAAAUCAUUAUCCGAUUUGGGAACCUGCAAGUCUUUACACAUCAGGCGAACACUAUGUAAAACCGAUCAAACUGGGAGAGAUGCUGUGGUCAUUGCCAUGUUAAGAACAUUAUCUUGGCCUCUUUUCUAAUUCCUGACAAUGUAGUGAUGCUCUGCUUUUUAAAGAUUUACCUUUGACUGAAUAAACACCAUUCAUUGUGUUUUGCAUACAUGACAAUGCUUUUGUAGUUUUACUCAACUGGUUUUGCCUCAACUCUCUUAUUGACUGUAAAAAGUGGCAUGUAUGUUUGUAAAUAUUUUUUUUUGUGAAUAUACCAUUUAGUAUACAUGUCUUUAUCAAUGUUGUAGAGGUCUAUGGAUUUUUAAAACUGUUGCACAUUUCGUUAAUGCUUUACACAUAUGCUGUUCUAAAUUAUUGCUUAGUUGUAAAAUAAAUGUCAAAAUCUAAGCUUUGCAGCAGUCUUCUUGUUCCUCACAUAUGUGGUUUGUCAUCAUAGUCUUCUAGGUUCACAAAUGCAAUACAGAGGCAGUGUAAUAUUUCAGCCAAUGCUGAAAUCAUGCAAAUUAUUAGACAGCUGGCAAUUUAUAUUUGUGACAAAAGGGUUUAGUGUACAAUAGCACUAAAACCACUUGCAAGCAAAAUACUAAAAGUUGAGCGGAUGGAAUGUAAUGUAACAAUCAGCUGACAGGUCACAGCAGAGGAAUGUACAGUAAGCCAUGGCUUAAAAAAAGUCAUGUGAUAAAAGGGUGAUGAAGAGAGAUUACAGUCAGUCUGCACAGACGGAUGAAAAACAAGAGGCCUCCUCCCAACUUGUCAAAAGCUUUAAAAGGAUGAAAACUGGUCUUUGUUGUUGCCACUAAUUGGCCUGAUGUGACUUCAGGUUAAGCUUUUCAAAUAAUUG